ACCUAUUCUACACAAGGUAUACAAAAAGUUCGCAAUGGUCCAGCCAUUCAGUGAUAGGCUGAAAUAUGUAACACACCCAAAAGCCCAAGAACUCAUAAAAGUCAUUCUUCGGAAGAGUACUAACCUCUGCUUGUCUGCCGAUGUUACAUCAUCCCAGCAGCUUUUAGACCUUGUUGAAAAGGUUGGACCCCAUAUUUGUUUGUUGAAAACUCACAUAGAUAUUGUAUCAGAUUUUACUCCUGAUCUUAUUGAAAAACUCAAAAAGCUAUCAAAAGAAUAUGAUUUUCUCAUCUUUGAAGACAGAAAGUUUGCUGACCUUGGCAGCACAGUGCAGAAACAAUUCAGCGAGGGUGUUUAUAGAAUAAGUUCGUGGUCUGAUUUCAUAAAUGCACAUGUUGUUGUUGGACCUGGGAUUAUCAAAGGUUUAAAAAGUGUUGCUCAAGAUCAAGGCUUAAUUCUAAUCGCGCAGAUGAGUGCAGCUGGCAAUUUAUGCAAUGAAACAUAUACCCAAGAGGCUGUGAAAAUGGCUGAAAAUGAUAGAACAUUUGUCUGUGGCUUCAUUUGUACAAAGUCAGUCUCGGAUGACCAAAGUUUUCUCAAUUUUGUGCCAGGUGUAAAUAUUUCAUCAACUGGUGAUGGUUUAGGACAGCAAUGGGUUUCUCCCUCUGAAGCAAUAGAGAAAGGUGCUGAUGUGAUUAUAGUGGGAAGAGGAAUUUACCAAUCUUCUGAGCCAGCUGAAACAGCUAAAGAAUAUAAGGAGCAAGCUUUUAAAGCAUACUUGGACCUAACCAAGGAGUAAUGAUCCCAGUACAUUGCAGUGGUGUACUAUCUUAAGCCCCGUUUUUAAAGAUUUUUUUCUGAACAUAAUUCAAUUUUAAGCUAAUUUAUGAAGUUUUUAUUUCCAAAAAGGUAUUGGCUUUAUUUUGAAGUGCCUUCCUUUGAAAUUAAUUAUAAUGAACGAACUUAUUUUGUUGGCCAGACAACUUUAAUUUCUUAUACAUUUUUAUAAAGGUCUGAUAAGAUAUAAAAACGUCUAAAACUAACUUGACUUGGGUGUUUGUCUGGUUUGAACGUGAUACAAUUCGAAUGUUGCUACAAACAAUAAUUUUAUAAAUUGAUGAA